AUCGGAUCUCAAGAGGGAACACUUCACUGGGUACCAACCACGCCAGAGGACCCCAAGACCAUGCAAAGCCACCUACAUAUAAACAGAUCAAGACCAACACAAUAUCUGAAGUCCCUUUCGACAUGGUGCCUCCCCAGAAACCCCGAAGGUGCCAUUUCUGAUAGAUAAAGUGGAACAGACUGCCAAGAAGAAUCAACUAUGAGACAUGACAGAGUGAACAGAGAGGAAGAGAGAGAGAAGGAUGACCAGUGAGCACUGUCACCUGAUUUGCGAAUCCAACGCCUACACCUAGCAAUAUACGGCCAAUGAUAAGCAUGGAAACAUCUUUGGCGGCACCAUUGAGGAUAGAGCGGACAAGAAAAACUGAUCCUCCUAGAAGCAUGGAGAUUUUUCGUCCAAAAAGCCUAGUUACAGUAGAAGCAAAGAAGGAGGCUAUCAAUGCUGCUAUGUAGAGGGAGGAGGUGAAGAGCUGCAGUAUCUGGUUGUCGUAUUUGCAGUACUGAUUUUGACGAAGAGCUGAAGUUCUUGCUCCUUGUAAACCGAAGGAAAGAACUUCUUCAAGAAACUAUCCAUCGAGGUUGAGAUAUCGUAGAACUUAAUGUGAAGAAAGAAAUGAUCAUGCAGGGAGAAUAAGAACCUGAGAUUCCAAUAUCAUAGCCAAAGAUGAGGCCACCUGUGGCGGCAACCAAACAUGUUACUAUCACAAAAGUGGUAACAUGACCUUCACAAUUCCCGGUGACUCCUUCAGCAACAAGUCCUGCUGCCGGCAUCCUUCGGAUCUAGCCCAGUGCAAACAAACCACCUCUCUUUGUUUUGGGCGAUUCUUUACCUUUACCUUUACCUUUGAAUGAUUCAGUUUACUAUUUGGUUUUGUUUCCUUUCCUUCUUGCUGGGCUUGGUUGUCUCACUGAAUUCCCUGUUUGUUCUGUUGCAUCUUUGUGCUGAUAUCAGGCCUACAACAAUGGGAGCAUUUCUCUCAAAAAUUGUUGCAAAAACAAGGUGCAGUGGAGAUGUAGAUCUCUGUAUGUGUGUGUGCAUGUUGUUUCUCCUCGUGGAAGCUUGGCCUACGCCAAAACAAUCUUCACUCAGCAGCAAAACCCAUCGGUUGAACUCUACAAUUCUAUCAUUAGAGGAUUCUCUUCUAGCAAACGCCCUCUUGAAGCAAUUUUGUUGUACCAACAAAUGCUUCGUUGUGACUUGCAGCCCAAUAAUUUCACCUACCCCUUUGUGAUCAAAGCUUGCACCAAGGCGUCCAUGGCUGAAUUUGGAAUUCUGGUUCAUGCCCACGUUGUUAAACGCGGCUUGGAGCUUGACUCUUAUGUUCAGAGUUCGUUGAUUCAUUUGUAUGCAAGUAAUAAGGAUUUAAGUGCUGCAAAGCAGUUGUUUGAUGUGUGUUCCGAACAUGACUUUGCUUCUUUGAAUUCAAUGAUUGAUGGCUAUGUUAAAUCCGGAAAGAUGAAGCUUGCACGAUCUGUGUUUGACGGAAUGGUAGUCCGUGAUGUGAUUUCUUGGAAUAUUAUGAUCAAUGGUUAUGGAAUUCUUGGCAGAACAGAAGAAGCAAAGAGACUGUUUGAUGAAAUGCCUGAGAGGAAUGUGGUCUCUUGGAACUCAAUGUUGGCUUGUUAUGUUAAAUGUGGGAACGUGGAGGAUGCUUCUCUCAUCUUCUCUAGGAUGCCUCGUAGAGAUGUUGUGUCUUGGAAUGCCAUGUUGACUUGUUAUGCACAUUGUGGGAAGUCAAAUGAAGCUCUUGCUUUAUUUGAUGAAAUGAAAGCCUUGGGCAUAAACCCGACUGAAGCAACGAUGGUCAGCCUAUUGUCAGCAUGUGGUCAUUUGGGUACUCUGAAUCAAGGUCUGCUUUUUCAUUCUUAUAUUAAUGAUCACAAAAUUGAGAUCAAUUCAAUAGUUGGCACUGCCUUGGUAGACAUGUAUGCUAAAUGUGGCAGCAUUUCUCGUGCUUGUGAAGUUUUCUAUUCAAUGGAGGACAAAGAUGUUCUUGCUUGGAACACCAUUAUAACUGGGAUGGCCAUGCAUGGUAAUGCUAAAGAGGCACUAAAGCUUUUUGAGAAGAUGCAAAAGGAAGGUGUGGCACCAAAUGAUAUAACUUUUGUAGCCGUUCUUGGUGCUUGUCGUCAUGCUGGGAUGAUAGAGGAAGGUAGGAGACUGUUGGCUUGCAUGAGCAGCUCUUAUCAGAUUGAACCCAAGAUGGAACAUUAUGGCUGUACCAUUGACCUUCUUGCUCGGUGCGGGCAAUUGGAGGAAGCCAUCGAGCUCAUUCAGACAAUGCCCAUGAAGCCUAACGCUAGUGUUUGGGGAGCUUUGCUUGGAGGAUGCAGGACUUAUGAAAAUGCUAAGGUGGGUGAAAGAGUGGGGAGACACUUGAUCAAUCUGCAACCCGAACAUAGUGGACGCUAUAUCCUUCUCUCAAAUAUAUAUGCUGCUGCAAGGCGAUGGGAGGAUGCAAGAAAAGUGAGGAACCUUAUGAAAGUUAAAGGUGUUUCCAAGGUACCAGGAGUAAGUGUCAUAGAAUUAAAAGGAAUCAUUCACCGAUUUGUUGCUGGUGAUCUGUCCCACCCUGAGUCAAAUAAUAUUUAUGAGAAGUUGUUGGAGAUAUCAUCACGUCUGAAGACUGCAAGUGGAUUCUCACCAGAUACAGGCCAAGUUUUGCUUGACAUAGAAGAAGAAGAUAAAGAGCAGAGAUUGUCAGUUCAUAGUGAGAAACUUGCCAUUGCUUAUGGAUUCCUACAUCUGGGUCCUGAGGAAACCAUCAGAAUUGUAAAAAACCUGAGAGUUUGCAGAGACUGUCAUCAUGUCACAAAGCUAAUAUCAAGUGUUUAUGGUCGACAAAUCAUUGUAAGAGACAGGAACCGCUUUCACCACUUCAAAGAUGGCGAAUGUUCUUGCCUAGAUUUUUGGUAGAUCUAUGGUGAUGUACAGGUGUUAAAAAUUCUUUUGUUUGUCACUUUGGGGUAAAGUUGGCCCCAUCUGAUACUAGAACAGGUACUGUUGAUCAGAAAGUUUGAGUGGGGCUCUAACCCCCAGGACUGUUUGGAUUUCUAUUAGUAAAGGCAUUUAUUCAUUUGACAGUUGAUCCCAAACUGCAAUGAGAGUCUAAUGCAGUGGAGAAAGAGGAGGGCAACAUCAUUUGUAUGGCACCAGAUUUGGAGGAACUCAAGGAAGACAAAAGCACAGCCAAAAAAAGAAGAUAAUUGUUUUGAAAGACCUGCAAGAAUGCAAUGCCUCCUGGAGGACGUCCACUAUGGGAAAUUAAUAUCAGGUCUUCUCUACCUUAUUUGCAAAGAAGGUAUUAGUUGGUGCGGCCUGUCUUGUAUUUGUGUCAAUACGUCAGAACAGGUUGGUCUAACAUCAGAAUUGCAAUGUAAUUGAUUAUUUCAGUUUUGCUGCCUUUAUCAAUGGCUAGCAAUUAGAUUUUGUACAUCUCUAAAACGCAAGGGACUGACUUCUUCAUUGCUAGUCUUUUUAUGUCGGAAUGUAUGAAUAAAGGAAUGACUGUCUUUUGAGGGUAGAAGGUCUGGAUGAUUUAAUGUCAUUAUGGUGAACAAGGAUGCUGCUAAUGACCCCUAAAUAGUCAGAUCAAUAAAGUUACGGGUCAGCCACAGCUACAUUGGCUAAUCUAGUGCUGUUUAACCUGUAGUUUCUAGCAGAAUAUUGUUUAUUCUAAGUAAAUUUGGAUUCCUUUUAUUUAUCUCCAAUCUAGUCUACUCUUCCACUAGAAUCAGGGACUUUGUUGUUUGGCAUGCCAUAUAGUUUGGAGGGGAUGUUCUACACUGGGAGAAGCAGUUGCUAUUAGAGAGAUGGCUUGUAAAGAGUCUGGGUAUGCUUCAAGUUAAUUUGGAAUGAGACUUCUAGCUUGGUCAAGUGUUCCUUAUGCUAUUUCAACAAUAUCAUUGUGAAGCCUUGCGAGGAAUACUGAGGAACAAGGGCAUUGAACCCAGACAAGCAAGUGGAUGGGUUCUGGGUUUUAAUGAAGACACAACAACCCAAUUGCCUAACAUUGCGAAGCUUUAUGGUUUCUAUUCACACCUGUGACAUUAAUGGAGACAGCAACAUCAAUCGUUGUGAAACUUUACGAUUUAUGUUCACAUCUGCAACACUUCAUCUUAGCGUGAGAAACAACCAAACAGUUCUGAAUGAAUUGAGAGGGUUGAAGCCACUGAAGCGCAGUGAAUGCUUUCUGUUAUAUGCACCAUGACUGUUCUCCCCAAAUUGGACGUCCUGGGAUAUGCUUCACCGGGUAUAUUUAUCUUUCUAGGAACAGGACUUUCUGUAUGCUAGCCAUGCAUAUAUAUAUAUAUAUAUAUCAUCUAAAUGGGAUCAUAAUUAAUAUGGACAUAACCUUUUCUUUGCAGUCUUCAUUAGGUGAAUGUUAUGGGAAAAUACUCAACAAUAUGUCUUUAACUUGUGCAUGGAAUUUUUGAAAAGCCAAUAUGCUAGUAACUCAUCCCUGGCCUAGCUUAGUUGUAUGAAGAUCGGUUGUGAUAUAAAUUUGAAGCUUUUGAAGCUGGUCAGAACCAAAGGGAGUAAGUGAUCCCACUCCAUUUGAGUCCCCCGUGGGUACUUGGCCUCCCUAAGGGUACUUUUACCAUGCCAUGUAUGUAAGAGUGCUUUAACUCAAUUUAUUUUCUUUCUGUCUUCAUCUUCAUCAGUUAUGAUCAGUUUCUUCCUUCUUCUUCUUCUUCUUCCCUCUUUUUUUCUGUGUACUUUUCUGUCUUCAUGAGCUAACAUUUGCUUGUUUGCAGGCUACUCCACACUGAUAGUGAUGGAGGGUAGGGAAGCAUGUAUUUUGGAACAUGUUAAUCAUAUUAUUCUAGAUGUAAAUAUAGAAAUUAGCAUAUUUUGUUUAUUUCUUUUCUAGUCAAUCUUUUAUAUGUUUUUGUUAUUAAGAAUCCUAAUUAGGGAAUUAGUGGAGAUUUUCU